AUGGAAGGCGGAGGGCCACCUAAACCGGCGGAGGCAGCUCAGACGGGACAAUCUGACCCGCAAAACAACAACCAGAAAAUCUCCACCGGAAUGGAAAAUAUUCCGGCCGUGCCAAGCCACGGUGGAAGGUUUAUUCAAUACAAUAUAUUUGGCAACAUUUUUGAGGUCACUGCUAAAUAUAAACCCCCUAUUAUGCCUAUCGGAAAAGGCGCCUACGGCAUUGUCUGUUCCAUACUGAAUUCCGAGACAAAUGAACAAUUGGCAUUAAAGAAGAUCACAAAUGCAUUUGACAACGAGAUUGAUGCUAAGAGAACUCUUCGUGAGAUCAAGCUUCUUCGUCACAUGGAUCACGAAAACGUAGUGGCAAUCAAAGAUAUAAUUCCACCACCCCAAAGAGAAUGUUUUAAUGAUGUUUAUAUUGCAUAUGAGCUGAUGGACACUGAUCUUCAUCAGAUAAUCCGUUCUAAUCAAGCUUUAUCAGAAGAGCAUUGUCAGUACUUCCUCUAUCAACUCUUACGUGGUUUGAAGUAUAUACACUCUGCUAAUGUUCUGCACAGGGACUUAAAACCUAGCAACCUGAUCCUGAAUGCUAAUUGCGACUUGAAAAUAUGUGAUUUCGGAUUGGCUCGUGUCAACUCCGAAACCGAUUUUAUGACAGAAUAUGUCGUUACAAGAUGGUACCGUGCGCCGGAACUGUUGCUAAACUCUUCAGAUUACAAUGCCGCCAUUGAUGUAUGGUCGGUCGGCUGCGUAUUCAUGGAGUUGAUGGAUCGGAAGCCAUUGUUUCCCGGAAGAGAUCAUGUGCAUCAGCUCCGGUUGCUUAUGGAGCUAGUUGGCACCCCAUCAGAGGCUGAAAUGGAUUUUCUGAAUGAAAAGGCUAAGAGAUACAUACAUCAACUCCCUCUUCAUAGUCGACAAACUUUCACUGAAAAGUUUCCGAAUGUGAACCCUUUAGCUGUUGAUCUUGUUGAAAAGAUGUUGAAAUUCGAUCCCAGACAGAGGAUUACUGUUGAGGAUGCACUUGCUCAUCCCUACUUAACAUCACUGCACGACACAAGCGAUGAGCCGAUCUGUACGACGCCCUUCGAUUUCGACUUCGAUCAAUAUGCCUUAACGGAGGAGCAGAUGAAGGAGCUGAUAUAUCGGGAGGCACUCGCAUUCAACCCAGAAUAUCUGUAAGCAAUUACAGGCUCGAAAAUCCAACAAAUACAAAUACAA